AGGUCCUGAUGUGGGCUGUUCAUUAGCAGACCAACAACUUUGGCCACCACAAUUAAAUUAGAAUUAAAGAAAACAGCGAACAGAUGAAACCAGUAAGGACGCGUGCUUUCCAGAAGCUAUUCUCUUGAUGCUUCCAAAUAAAACGCACAGGAGCGCGAGGGACUAUCCGUGCUCGUUUCCAUCAUGACAUUAAGUUUUUCGUCCUUCUCCAUCAAAGCCAUCCUCAGCGGACGUAACUCUCGGGGAAAGCCCGGCACCGGGAGCGCAGAGGAGCAGUGCGCAGCAAAGCGCAACGUCUGCAGCGAGCAAAACGGCACCAGAGUCUCCGAUCUGUGUCACCGAGACGCGGAGGAGAGCCGCAUCCUGCCGGGAAGACUUCCUCCUGAUCUCAGGCUGUCUUUUGGAAACCUCCGAGCUGAGACCUACAGCGAGGAGGCCACGGAGGAGGAAAAUGAGCUCACAGAAGGCUUUGCGCAGCAGCAACCCUGCUCUGUGGACCUGGGCAAGCGGCAGAAUAAAGAGGCGGAGGCAGAAGAGGAUGGAUGUCACCACAGCGAAGUGAUGGUCAGCUGUUCAUCCGAGGAGCAACAGUGCCGGUCCGGCACAAAGAAGCGCUCCAGGGCGGCCUUCUCUCACGCACAGGUUUACGAGCUGGAGCGACGCUUCAACGCGCAGCGGUAUCUCUCCGGUCCCGAGCGGGCAGAUCUGGCCGUGGCUCUGAAACUUACUGAGACCCAGGUGAAGAUCUGGUUCCAGAACCGGAGAUAUAAAACCAAACGGCGCCAGGUGGCUGCCGAGCUGGCGGCGUGCAGCUCACCAAAGAAAGUGGCUGUCAAAGUGCUGGUGAGGGACAAUCAGUACCACCACCAUGUAAAUGGAGUACACAUCCCAGUGACUGUGCCACUGUACCAGGCCCAGCAGUACUACCCCUACCUGCAGUACUACUGUCAGCCCUGGAGCAUGAACAGCAUGUCCUGUAGAGGGAUGAUGCUCUGAAGCUUCCUCUUUACUUUGGACUUCAACAUGCAUCACUUCAAAUAAUAGACUUCUGACUUUUUAGAAGCUGUUGGCAGCUUUUCUCCAGUUAAUGCAGGGUGCAACACUGGGGAGGCUUUUGUUCAAAUAAUCUUUCUUUAAACUGGUUUUUUUGCCAAAGAUAUAACUGAUUUACAGUCAUUGUUAAUGUUUGUCUUAUAACUCUAUGUCACUUUGUUCCCUUUCAAAGCAAAAUGUCAAUUAGAUUAGGUCUGUGUGAAGAAAUCGCCAAAAUUCAAGACCAAGAUUUAAGUUGUUUUUUUUCCUGUCCGUUCUGGUGGGGGUGUCAGAAAGGCAAAGGCUGAGUGAGGCUUCAUAUGUGUUCCUUUCACUGUGUAGGGCAGCCUGACGUUGCUGGGAGAACAGUUUUGAUCACUUCAGAAUUAUGUAAGCAUUCCAAUGAAUAUGCUUUAAAUUGGAAAAAAAAAUUAUAUAUAUAUAAAUAUAAUAUUUAACAUCAAUGAGA